AUGUAUAACGGCAUUGGCAUAACAACACCACGUGGUACUGGUACAAAUGGUUAUGUUCAAAGAAAUUUAUCUUUUGUUCCUACAAAACGUGACCGGGUUGAAUACGUUAAAGAUGCUGAUAUGAAAAAACUUGAAACUUUAAUUGAGAAAAAAGGUAACGCAGAAAUCCUUGAACAUGAAAAAAAACGUAAAAUCGAAGUUAAAUGUAUGGAAAUGCGUGAUAUGAUGUUAAACAAUGGAUAUGCCGAAGACGUAACAAAUCAAAAAGUGCAAAAAUUUCGUACAAUGCUAAUUGAACGUGAAGGACUCUACGACAAAACAGACAUUGAAUACGACGAAUUUGGUCGACCUGUCGCAAAAGAAACUCAUCAGUUGGCACAAGCAAACGAUGAAAAAAAUCGUAAAUUACGCGAAGCAUUUGGUAUUGGAGAAUAUGAUAAAAAGAAAAAAGCUGAACAAAAACUUGAAGAAGCAAAAGAAAUUGAGCGUCGUAAAGCCGAGUUAGUUAGUAAACAAUAUACAAUUAUACAAGAUGAAAAACCUGAAGAACCAGAACCACCAAAAAAAGAGAAAGAAAAAAAGAAAGAGAGAGAAGAACAUCAUCAUCGUCAUAAGUCUGAUGAUGAUAAAAAACGUAAACCAACACCAGAAGAACCUACAAAAGAACGUAGCAGUCAUAAACAUUCAAAAAAACAUCGAAAUGAUGAUAGUGAUGAUGAAGAAUCUCGGCAUCGUCGGCGCCGUGAAAGAUCGCCAUAA